UGAAGGAAUCACGUGAAUAAAAUAAAAUGGCACGUGACUAGGUUAAAUGAUCGACCAUCCACACGUCAUAUGAGCUUUUCCAUGACGCUCGCCUGGUCCUUCAGGGUGUAUAUAAACUGGUCAACCGUCCAUCGACACCAGCUACCCCGAUAUAACUAUCUUCUGACAACACCCAUCGGUGCACACCAUCGCUCUACGUAUCUAUGGAAUAGACAUGUCUGCAACAAAUGAAACGUCCAUACCCACGACUGGUACUCGAUCUGUUCUUGACCAAGAGCUUGAUUGUUUUCUAAAAUCCCAGCCAUCUCUGCACCUUGGAGGUGACGAUAAGUUUACGGAUGAAAGGCGUAAUCACGCCAAAGUCUUCGGCAUCCACAAUCUACCCAAGGACCGACACGCCCCUAUCCAUCACGUCGAGUUCACGGCUUUGCGCGGUCCGCACGGAACAAUACCGGUGAGGGUCCUAUAUCCAAGCUCUGGGGAGGGAAGGAAGGAGAAGGGUCAAGCAGGUGCUUUAAUUUACUUCCAUGGUGGAGGAUAUACUGUUGGUACAGUAGAUGAAUUUGAGAAUGGUUUGAGGAUUGUUGCAGAGGAAAGUGGGCUACAGAUAUAUGCGGUUGAAUAUCGUCUCGCUCCCGAGUAUCAUUUCCCAACCCAGCUUGAUGAGUACGCCUGUGUUCUUGAAAAUCUCCGAUCGACGUUUGGCGCUUCGCGAGGCGUACAUCCGGAUAGUGUUCUUGGAGGUGGGGAUAGUGCAGGAGGAAAUAUGACUGCCGCAAUAUCAUUGCGCCUGCGCGAUGAAGGCAAGAAACCUUUGGCAGGACAAAUUCUCUUAUAUCCCGAGGCGAGACUCCCGUUCGAUACCCCAGCGGCCAGUGAAAAUAAUACGGGACUCUAUCUUGAGUGCAAUGGCAUAUUUUCGUUUGGGUCCAAUUACCUUCCUCUCGGUACUGUUCCUUCACACCCCUACGUCUCUCCUGGCAUGCAACCAAUUUCGUCUUUGAAAGACCUUCCACCGGCGCACAUUUAUACAUGUGGCUUUGACCCCCUCCGUGAUGUUGGCAUCGAGUACGCGCAUAAACUAGAACGUGCUGGAAACACUGUCAAGUGGACGCACUUUGGAAAUCUUACACAUGGGUUUCUGCAGCUCGCCCCUUGGAGCGAGGAGGCUAUGAAAGCAACCAAGGAGGUUGGUAAACAUACAAGGAAUUUGGUGUAUUCUUGAUAGUCGCGAUGAUGAUUGAUACUAUUCUUACGGGUACAGUACUCUUUUGCAAAAUGUUCUUGAGCCAACUGGUCAGAAUUCAAAUCGAUGCUGAAUGGUUAAA